AAUUGCAUAUUUGGUCAAAUGACUUGAUCGAGGAUUGGGGAAAUUAUUUUAAACGUACUUGUAACUUGCAAAACAAUGACUUGGUCCAAACGUUGGUCAUUCUAUGCAUAGACACUUGUGUGACAGUUUGGUUGAGGAUGAAUAGUCCAGCAGAAAUGGACAUUUAAAGGACACUGCCAUGAGUCUCCAGCCAUCUCAGUGUAGAUUGUGCAGGCCUACAAUGCGUUUGAAAUGGUGUCCUUAAAGCACUGUGGGCACCUGAGCGCCAGGAUGACAGCACCUUACCGCACAACAAUCUGAACACAGAAAGAACGUUCCGCCAGGACGACCCGGCCCUAUCGUGAGCAGCAGCAACAGCAGCAGCAGCAGCCGUGGAGCAGAGAAACCUAGACGGGUUCCUGCAUACGUCUCACUCUAGCGCUGUCUGUGGGGUGGAAGACACCGAGUUCUGAGGACAACUUCAUUGUGCUUUUUCGGCAGCAUGGUCGAGUGAAGAGAUCCGGAGAGCAGGUCCAAGUCCGACCGCAGAAUAAGAGGUGUGCCUCUAUGCAUUCAACGCGGUAACGUGAAGAAGCCUAUCGACGAUCCCGUGUCAGAUGUGAGCCAUGAAGCAUCUUCCAGUUAAUACUACGGGCUUGUUCUCUGCUGCAGCUGUGUGGGACACAUAACGGUAAAUGGUGUGUUGGGUCGACCACAGCUGAAGAGUAGCGGGAAACGGGGCUCCCGAUUCAGCUGCUUAGGAACAAGCCAGUGUCCGCCUGGAGCCACUCGGACCGAAUCGCGACGCGGAUGUCCUGGCUUUCUCUGAAACGCUCACAUCAGGCUACAGGAGACAAACAGGAUGACAGUAUGAUGGGAUAGAUUUGAAUAUGGGUCAAUGGGCAGGCAUGCAAGUUCCUCUCCUCAGCCUGACUCUCCAACUCUUAUUACUGAUAUCCAAGCCAUCAGCCGGCUACAACCAGAACUCCCAUGAAACUCAGGAUGUGCCCAGUUUCAGCUUCACCCAUUCCGUCUACCAUGCAACAGUUCAUGAAAACUCAGCAGCACGCACCUAUGCCAACAGUAAAAUUAAAAUGGGCAUUCAACUUUCCAAAAGGUCCUGGGAAAUUCGCUACAGAAUUACCUCAGGAGACGACGAAGGGCUUUUUAAGGCAGAAGACUACGUCCUGGGGGACUUCUCUUUUUUGCGCAUAAGGACCAAAGGGGGCAAUGCAGCCAUCUUAAACCGGGAGAUUCAAGAUAAUUAUGUAUUGACAGUGAAAGCCUACGUUAAGGGAGAGUCUCUUCUUGAGGCCUGGACUAAAGUCAGCAUUCAAGUGUUGGAUAUGAAUGACCUCCGGCCCCUGUUUUCACCCACCACAUACUCUGUGACCAUAGCAGAAAGCACUCCUCUCAGGACUAGCAUAGCGCAAGUUACUGCCACUGAUGCAGAUAUUGGCUCCAAUGGAGAAUUUUACUUUUUUUUCAAGGACAAAAUGGAACUGUUUGCAGUACACCCAACCAGUGGAGUGGUUUACCUUAGUGGAAAGCUUAAUGUUGAUGAACAGGACCGGUACGACUUAGAAAUUAUGGCGGUUGACCGUGGUAUGAAGCUGUAUGGUAAUAAUGGAGUUAGCAGCACAGCCAAACUUUUUGUCCACAUAGAGCGUGUGAAUGAGCGCGCUCCAGUUAUGACUGUAGUCACCCAUGCAUCCGCUAGGCUGGAGAAGAAUAGUCUAUAUGCCCUUGUUAGUGUUGAAGACUUUGAUGAAGGCUUAAACGGGGAAAUUGAUUCUGUUUAUAUUAUGGAUGGUGACCCUUCAGGACAGUUUUACAUAGAAAGACGUGAAGAAGAGGAAUUUGCAAUUAAAUCCACCGAAAUAAUAAACUGGGAAACUUUCCCAUAUGGCUGUAACUUAACCCUGCAGGCUAAAGACAGAGGGACUCCUCCCCAGUUCUCUGCUCCACAGGUUCUCCACAUAAUGUUUUCAAACCAGCAGGCAACAGAAGCUAAUUUUGAGCAAGAGUUCUAUGUUGUUAGUCUCAAUGAAGUUUCACCACCUGGCACAAUUGUGGGUUUUUUUAAGAUCAAACCGGAACCUGAUGAUGCAGAGUACAUUCUGACACCCUCUGCAGAUUCAGCUUUUUUUAAAAUCAAUACCUUAACAGGUGUAAUUUCCACUUCUCGCUGGUUGACCCAUGUAUCCAAGGAUAUCUUUAGUCUUGAGGUGUUGGAGGUAGACAGCAAUCUCAGAGCUAAAGUACAGGUAGCCAUUGAAGAUGCCAAUGAUAACACGCCUGAAUUUUCCCAGUCCUUCUAUGAGGUUUUUGUAAAUGAAAGUGUUCCAGCUGGAACCAACAUAUUAACAGUCUCUGCAGUCGAUGAAGAUAAAGGUGAAAAUGGAUACAUCACAUACAGUAUUCACUGCCUUCAGCAAUUACCCUUCAAGAUUAACCAAUUUUCUGGUGUCAUAAGCAGUAACACAGAUCUAGAUUUUGAAGCCUCGCCAGAGGUAUUUGUAUUUGUUGUUAGAGCUUCUGACUGGGGUUCACCCUACAGGCGAGAGAGUGAAGUCAAUGUCACAAUCCACUUACAGAAUAUAAAUGACAAUAAGCCAUUGUUUGAGAAGGUAGCAUGCAAGGGGGUGAUUUCUGUAGAUUUCCCAGUAGAUGAAGUAAUUACCACAAUGUCUGCAAUUGACAUAGAUGAGUUAGAGUUAGUAAAAUAUAAGAUCAUUUCAGGAAAUGAGCUGGGGCUCUUUGACCUCAACCCUGAUUCAGGAGUUCUUGUACUGCGUAAUUCCCUUUCAGCACUGAGCCCUAAGCACAGCAUCUUCAGUUUAAAAAUAACUUCUACAGAUGGUGAAAACUUUUCAGAUCCCAUGUUUGUCAACAUUUCAGUUGUACAUGGAAAAUCUCUUUACAAGCAUUUUACAUGUAAAGAAACCAGUGUAGCACAAAGGUUAGCUGAAAAGUUACUUAAAAAAUCCAAAGCUAGCACCAAAUCUAAAACCGAGGAAGGUUUUAUUGACCUGUUCUCUGUGAAUCGACAAACACCCCAGUUCGACAAAGCUUUUCCCACAGACAUCGCUGUGCAGGAAGACUUAAAGGUUGGCUCCAGUGUUUUCCAGGUGAAUGCGUAUGAUGGUGAUACAGGUUUCAAUGGUCAGAUUCUGUACUCUAUUUCAGAUGGAAACACUGACAGUUGUUUUAACAUUGGCUUGCAGACUGGUCUAAUAAGUGUUUUUCUGCCUAUGGACAGAGAAAAGAGAGAUCACUACAUCCUCAACCUAACCAUUUUUGACCUUGGUCUGCCACAGAAAGCAACUUGGCGUUUGCUUACUGUUCACAUUGUGGAUGCAAACGAUAAUGCCCCUCAGUUUUUACAAGAAGGAUAUAGAAUAGUAAUUCCUGAAAACACUGCAAUAGGCACAAUUAUUAUCCAGGUCGAGGCCACUGACAAAGAUCUUGGACUCAAUGGUGAGAUAGUUUACUCUCUCUUGACCAGCACCACACAGUUUGGCAUUAACUCCACUAACGGGAUAGUUUAUGUCACUGGCCAACUCGACCGAGAGUUGGCUCCAACCUAUAACUUAAAGAUUAAAGCUCGAGACAGUGCAGCUAAAGGGAGACACAAGUUUUCAGUCACCAUUUUGAAAGUUAUUUUAGAGGAUGUGAAUGACUGUCCUCCACUAUUCAUCCCCAGUGUUUACAAAGCCAGAGCUCUUGAGGAUCUUCCUGUAGGAACUGUUAUAGCCUGGAUCGAAACCCAGGACCCAGAUGUGGGAUUAGGAGGCCAGGUGCGGUACUCUCUGGUCAACGACCACAACGGAUGGUUUGAAUUAGAUCGGAACAGUGGAGCCAUUCGACUGACGAAGGAACUGGACUAUGAGGUCCAGCAGUUCUACAACCUCACAGUGAAAGCCAAAGACAAAGGAAAACCUGUGUCUCUUCUGUCUGUCACCUUUGUGGAGUUGGAAGUAAUCGAUGUGAAUGAAAACCUCUAUGCUCCUUACUUUUCACACUUUGCCUUGACUGGAAGAAUUGAAGAGAAUGCCCCAAUCGGAACUACUUUACUCCAAGUUAGUGCUCAAGAUGAUGACGUUGGUAGAGAUGGAGAGAUCCACUAUUCCAUUCGGGAUGGGAGUGGGCUUGGAAGAUUUGCCAUCGAUGAGGAAACGGGAGUGAUCUACACCACAGACACAUUGGAUCGGGAAACCAAGGACUCUUACUGGCUGACGGUUUAUGCCAGUGACCGUGGCGUUGUUCCCCAGUUCAGCACAACUGAGGUGUUCAUUGAAGUGGAUGAUGUCAAUGACAACGCCCCACUCACCUCCGAGCCUUUGCUUCAGUGCUCAGUACCAGAGAAUUCUCCCCGGGACGUUUCAGUAAUUCAAAUCCACGCGCAGGAUCCUGAUGUCUCCCCGCCUUCUACUGCUGAUUGGCUAAGUUAUCGGAUUGUUAGUGGAAACCCACAGAACUUCUUUACUAUCAACUCUCGUACUGGACUGAUCACUACAACCUCUCGGAAACUGGAUCGUGAACAACAACAGGAGCACGCUCUAGAGGUGCUGAUUUCAGAUAGCAGUCCAAGUCCAAAGAGCAGUACACUGUGGGUUAUGGUUUCAGUCCUAGAUGAAAAUGACAACCGACCAGCUUUUCAUGAUAAGGUCUACCAAGUCAGACUUCCAGAGAGAGAACGAAGAAAGAAGGCUGAGCCCAUCUACCGGGUGUUUGCCUAUGACCAGGACGACGGGCCCAACAGUGACCUGUCAUACAGCCUUGUGGACGGCAAUGAGGAUGGAAAAUUUUUCAUAGACCCCAAAACAGCUGUGGUGUCAUCUCGCAAGGCGUUCACUGCAGGAAGCUACGACAUCUUGACUAUUAAAGCAUCAGACAACGGCCGUCCCCAGAAGUCUUCAACAGCUCGUCUGCAUAUUGAGUGGAUUCGACGACCGCCUCCUUCAUCUCCACCAUUGCUCUUUGAUGAGCCGUUCUAUAACUUUACCGUCACUGAGAAUGACAAGGUGGCUGAGAUUGUGGGUGUGGUGUCUCUGCAACAGAACCCAGCUCCAGUUUGGUUUGAUAUCACAGGUGCCAGGCCUUUUCGUGAGAUGUUCUAUAUCUUGCAAAGUGCUUGUUUCAAGAACUGUUCCUCAGAAGGUGGGAACAGCGACAGUGUGUUCGACGUGGAGCGGACAGCAGCUACCAUCAUCAUCGCAAAGCCUCUGGAUGCUGAGCAGCGUUCCUUCUACAACCUGACAGUGCAGGCCACAGAUGGCACCAGCACUGCAUAUGUACAGGUUUACAUUACUGUUCUAGACAGUAAUGAUAAUGAUCCCGUCUUCUCACAACAAGUCUACGAGGUCAUUAUUUCGGAGGAUACACCACCCAACACUGAAGUGGUCCAGAUACUGGCAUCAGACCGAGACGAGCAUCACCAGCUCACCUAUUCUCUCCACAGCUCCAUAGACUCUAGAAGCAUGCGUCUGUUCCACAUCCACCCAAUGCUGGGAACAGUCUACACUGCCCAGAGGCUGGACCAUGAGGCCUGUGCCCAGCACAUUUUGACUGUCAUUGUCAAGGACCAAGAGUUCCCAUACAGAAAAAAUCUUGCUCGUGUUCUGAUAGAGGUGGAAGAUACAAAUGAUCAUGCACCCUUUUUUACCAGUGCACUCUACGAAGGCUUAGUUUAUGAAUCAGCUGCUGUGGGAUCAGCUAUAGUGCAGGUUACCGCUCUGGACAAAGACAAAGGCAAGAAUGCUGAAUUACACUACUCCAUUGAAGCAGGAAACACUGGCAAUGCAUUCAACAUUGAGCCAGUUCUUGGUAUACUUCGUGUUGCACGCCACUUGGACUUAUCAAGCAUCGGACACUAUGUUCUGAGUGUCAGAGUCACUGACAACGGCACCCCUGCCCUGUCUGCUACCACGAUAGUGCGGAUUACCGUCACUCUCUCAGACAAUUCUGGUCCAAAGUUUCUUCAACCUGAAUAUCAGACUGAGAUCAGAGAAAAUGCCAUUACUGGGACUUCUGUCACCACAAUCAGUGCUGUCAGCCAGUCAACCCUCACUUUUGAUAUCAAGCAAGGAAACAUAGAACAAGUUUUUCAGAUUAAUCAAUAUAGUGGAGUCAUUACAACUCAAAAACCUCUGGACUAUGAAAAUAUAGCUUCUUAUAGCCUUGUAGUGCAAGCUACCAACAUGGCUGGGAUGGCCUCCAAUGCUAGCUUGUUAAUUCAGAUAUUAGAUGAGAAUGACAAUCCACCUGUGUUCCAACAGCAUCACUACCGUGGCAGCAUUUGUGAGCUAGCACCAGUCAACAGUGUGGUCUUGAAUUCAGAAAACCUCCCUCUAGUGAUCAAAGCUUCUGAUGCUGACUCCAACCAAAAUGCUCUGUUGGUCUAUCAGAUUGUUGAGGAGACUGCAAAGACGUUCUUCACAGUGGACUCAGUAACUGGCUCCAUUAGAACCAUUGCUAAUCUUGAUCAUGAGACAUUUUCAGCUUUCCACUUCCAUGUUAAUGUGAGGGACAAUGGUAAGCCACAACUUAUAGCAGAUAGUCCAACUGAGGUGACUAUACAAGUGAUGGACUCAAAUGAUUCACCUCCAGUCUUCAAACAGAAUACUUAUGAAACUGUUCUUCUACUUCCCACCUACACUGGUGUCGAGGUCCUGCAGGUAUCAGCCACAGACCCCGAUACUGAUAUUCCUACAGAUCUUACAUAUUCUUUGGCUGAAGGAGUGUUGGAGAAUUUUUCCAUCAAAUCCGCCAGUGGGAUUAUUGUCGUCAAAAACGGCAACUUCUCCAAAGAGCUUUUUCGCCUAAGUGUCAGAGUUUCAGAUGGAAAAUUUUCCACCACUGCUUUGGUGACAAUAAUUGUCAAAGAGGCUCUGGACUCGGGUCUAAGUUUUUCCCAGAAGGUUUACGUCUCAUCUAUUAAAGAGAAUGUGUCAAAUAUAUCCAUAGUGGCUGUGGUCAGUGCUGUAGGAAACCGCCUCAACGAGCCAUUGCUGCACACUCUCCUGAAUGCUGCCACAAGGUUUACCAUUCGUCCAACAUCUGGUGUUAUCCAGACCACAGGAAUACCCUUUGAUCGAGAAGAACAGGACUUCUAUGAACUGAUUGUGGAAGCAAGACGGGAGCAUGAUCAUCAGCAUGUGGCCAGAGUUCUCGUUAAAGUUCAUAUAGAAGACAUAAAUGAUAACCCCCCAGUGUUUGUUGGACUUCCAUAUUAUGCAGCUGUUCAAGUAGAAGCUGAGUCAGGUUUAUCCAUUUUCAGAGUCUCCGCAGUGGAUGGUGACAAAGGUAUUAAUGGAGAGGUGACAUACUUUCUCAAGGAUGAUCAUGGCCACUUUAUGAUUGACCAACAGACAGGCACCAUUAGCCUGAAAAGGACUUUUGAGUCAGAUUUGUCCAAUGUGGAGUACCAAAUAGAGAUACAUGCCAAAGAUUGUGGUGACCCUCCCCUGUCAUCUACCAUUACUUUUCCCAUCACUGUGGUUAACAAAGCUAUGCCUGUCUUUGACAAAUCCUUCUACUCUGUUUCUGUGAAUGAAGAUGUGGAUGUUCACACACCGAUUAUCGGCAUCAAUGCAACCAGUCCUGAUGGACAAAACAUAAUCUAUACUAUUGUUGAUGGAGAUGCGUCUUUUCAGUUUGGUAUUGGAUUUGAUACCGGAGUUAUAAGUGUAAUUAAUUCAUUGGACUAUGAAGAAACACCAUAUUAUCGCCUGACCAUCAGAGCUACAAACUACCUGACUGGCUCCCAUGCAGAAGUUGAUGUAGAUGUUCUGGUGCAAGAUAUAAAUGAUAACCCACCUGUCUUUAAAGAGAUGUCCUACAAGAUCGUUCUGUCUGAGACUGUCAUGAUCGGAACUCCAGCCCUUCAAGUUAUUGCCACAGACAUGGACUCUGAGAAGAACAAUGUUGUUGGCUAUCAGAUAUUCUCAAAAGAGCACAACAGCACAGAUUAUUUUCACAUUGAUAGUAGCAGUGGGUUAAUUCUUACAGCAAGAAUCCUAGACCAUGAACUAGUCCCAGAGUAUGACUUCAUUGUCAGGGCCACUGAUAAUGGUUUUCCAUCACUAAGCACUGAAGUGUCAGUGACUGUUCUUCUAAAAGACAUGAAUGACAAUCCUCCAGUUUUCAACCAGCUUCUCUACGAGGCAUAUGUGAGUGAGUUAGCACCAAAGGGACACUUUAUUACCUGUGUUCAGGCCUCAGAUGCUGAUAGUUCAGAUUUUGACAAGUUGGUGUAUAGUAUUUUGUCAGGAAAUGAACGAAUGGAUUUUGUGAUGGAAAGAAAAACGGGAAUUAUCAUGUUGUCCAGCCACCUUAAGCAAAGAAUGGAGCCUACUUACAACCUCAACGUUUCAGUGUCUGACGGAGUUUUCACCAGCACAGCUCAGGUUCACGUUAAAGUGUUUGGGGCCAACCUGCAUGAUCCAGUGUUUGAACAGAAGAUGUUUGAGGCAGAGCUAAGAGAAAAUUCUCCUGUGGGAACCAGUGUAAUUCAGGUGAGGGCAACGGAUGCAGACCCUGGAGUUUAUGGCCACAUAACUUACUCUUUUGUUAACGAUGUGGGUAAUGACCUGUUUAGCAUUGAUGCUAAUGGUCAGAUAAGCACAAUAGAAAAACUUGACCGUGAGGACCCUUCCAACAUGGACAUUGUUCUUACAGUGGCAGCUCAGGAUUCAGGAGGUCGUGUUUCCUAUUGCACAAUCCAUCUUACUAUCUUAGAUGAAAAUGAUAAUGCACCCCGCUUUAGUGCUACAGAGUACAGAGCUACGCUCAGAUUUGAUGUAGCCAAGGGCUUCUUCAUCACACAGAUUCAGGCUCUUGAUCCUGACUAUGGCACUAAUGCCAAAGUAACAUUUUCACUGUACAGUGAGGCACGGAUCCCUGUAGCAGACGUUUUGGACAUAGACCCAGACAGUGGUUGGAUGGUUACCAAAGGCAGCUUCAGCCACUUGAGAAACUCAGUAUUAUCAUUUUUUGUGAAGGCUGUAGAUGGAGGAAAUCCAGUUCGGCACUCUUUGGUCCCUGUCUACAUUCAUGUUCUGUCUCCGGAGGCGUUCUUUCCUGACUUCAUGCAGCACCAUUACUCAUUUAGCAUACUGGAGAACACACCAGUAGGUUCAGUCAUUGGAAGGGUUCACCUCAAGAUUCCUCAUGGAUAUAACCCACAUUCAGUUAGCUUUACCAUUGUUAAUGGAGAAAGUAGUGAAAAUAAUCUAGAUGGAGUAUUUUUAAUAGAGAAAAAUACAGGAGUGAUUAAACUUGAUAAGCCCUUGGAUCAUGAGGUGAUGAAAGGAUUUAGUUUUAAAAUAACUGCCACUGGACACCAGAGUAAGUUGGAUGCUGUGACGUCUGUUGAUGUUGAGGUCAAAGUUUUAGAUCUAAAUGACAAUAAACCAGCCUUUGAGACCAACUCUUAUGUGACGACUGUUAUGGAAGGAAUGACAAUUGGAACCAGAGUCAUUCAAGUCAAAGCUCAUGACCCAGACUCAGGAGCCAAUGGCCAAGUAACAUACAGGCUUGGGACAUUAAUCCAGGCAGAGGAAAACUCCGAUGCAUUGGUGCGGACGUUUAGCAUCGACAGUAAUACUGGCUGGAUUGUCUUAUGCAAAGAGCUCGACCACGAGUCCAAUCCGUCCUACAUAUUCACAGUGGUAGCAUCAGACCUGGGAGAGACCCUGUCUUUCUCCAGUACCAGCACAGUGACAGUAGCAGUGACAGACAUCAAUGACAACCCCCCCAUUUUCAUGGAGAACCAUUACUUCAGUUCAGUCCAGGAGAGUGGCCCUCCAGGCGAGGUGGUGGCUGUUCUGAACACGAAGGACAACGACAGCUCUGCUGUUAACCGGCAUGUCAGCUAUGUCAUAACUGGUGGGAAUUACCGAGGUGUAUUUGCACUCGGCCUAGUUCAGGGUGAAUGGAAGAUGUAUGUGAAAGGACCACUGGACAGAGAGGAACGCAACCUCUACAUCAUCAAUGUCACUGCUAGUGAUGGACUCUUUGUUUCCCACACAAUUGUGGAGGUGACAGUGAUGGACACCAAUGAUAACAACCCCAUUUGUGACCAGGUGGUAUAUACAGCCAGCAUCCCAGAGGACCUCCCACUCAGCAGUGUUUUGCUGAGGGUUGGAGCUACAGAUGCUGAUGCAGGCAGCAACGCUCAGCUCAAGUACUCCCUGCAUGGUCCUGGAUCCCAGGACUUCAUCGUGGAUCCAGACACUGGAGAAAUCAAGUCAACAGUGAUUCUUGACCGUGAGACCAAUCCCAACUACAGAUUAACUGCCAGGGCGACUGAUGGUGGAGGGCGGUGGUGUCGUGCCGAAGUGCAGCUGGUGGUGACAGAUGUGAAUGACAACCCACCGCUUUUUACACUGUCACAGUAUUAUGUCAGUGUGUAUGAAGACACUCCAGUAAAGGCUCUGCUCACUCGCAUCCAUGCCGUAGACCCAGAUGAAGGUCCGGGUCGCAUGGUGGUCUACUCCAUGGCUGACUCUGCUGGAGGUUUUUUCUCCAUCGAUGAGUUCACUGGCAUAGUAGUCCUGGAGCACAUUCUUGACCGGGAAAUCCAGCCGACUCAUCAGAUAACCGUGCGUGCUUCUGAUCAGGGUUCGCCGCGGCCGCUCUUCUCGCUGGUCAACAUUACAAUUACUGUUCUGGACAUCAAUGACAACCCGCCUGUUUUUGAGCGCCGCGAUCUACUGGCAACCAUUCCAGAGGAUGUGGGAGUCGGUACUGAGGUUCUGAGAGUGCAUGCCGCUAGCAAAGACAUCGGGACAAACGCUGAGAUCUCCUAUAGCAUCAGAUCAGGCAACGAACACAGGAGGUUCUACAUUCAUCCCCUGACCG